GCGGCGGCGCGCGCGGGGGCUGCAGCCGGCAAGUCUGACGCGGCGGCCAAGAUGGCGGGCCGGAGCAUGCAAGCUGCUCGGUGCCCUACAGAUGAGCUGUCACUGACCAACUGUGCGGUUGUGAAUGAAAAGGAUUUCCAGUCCGGCCAGCACGUAAUUGUGAGGACCUCGCCCAACCACAGGUACACGUUCACCCUAAGGACCCACCCAUCCGUGGUUCCAGGGAGCAUCGCCUUCAGCUUACCCCAGCGAAAAUGGGCUGGACUUUCCAUUGGACAAGAAAUAGACGUGUCCUUAUAUACAUUCGACAAGGCUAAACAGUGCAUUGGCACAAUGACCAUCGAAAUUGACUUCCUGCAGAAAAAAAACAUCGACUCCAACCCUUACGACACAGAUAAGAUGGCAGCAGAGUUUAUUCAGCAGUUCAACAACCAGGCCUUCUCUGUGGGACAGCAGCUUGUAUUCAGCUUCAACGAGAAGCUCUUUGGCUUGGUGGUAAAGGACAUCGAGGCGAUGGACCCGAGCAUCCUGAAGGGAGAGGCUGCCACGGGGAAGAAACAGAAGAUUGAAGUAGGACUGGUCGUUGGAAACAGUCAGGUUGCAUUUGAAAAAGCAGAAAAUUCAUCACUCAAUCUUAUUGGCAAAGCUAAAACCAAGGAAAACCGCCAGUCUAUCAUUAAUCCCGACUGGAACUUUGAGAAAAUGGGCAUAGGAGGUCUGGAUAAGGAAUUUUCAGAUAUUUUUCGACGUGCAUUUGCUUCUCGAGUGUUUCCUCCAGAGAUUGUGGAGCAGAUGGGUUGCAAACAUGUUAAAGGCAUCCUGUUAUACGGACCUCCAGGUUGUGGUAAAACUCUCCUGGCACGACAGAUUGGCAAGAUGUUGAAUGCAAGAGAGCCGAAAGUGGUCAACGGGCCAGAAAUCCUGAACAAAUACGUGGGCGAAUCGGAAGCUAACAUCCGAAAGCUCUUCGCCGAUGCUGAAGAGGAGCAGAGGCGGCUGGGUGCUAACAGCGGUCUGCACAUCAUCAUCUUCGAUGAGAUCGAUGCUAUCUGCAAGCAGAGAGGGAGCAUGGCUGGCAGUACGGGGGUCCACGACACGGUCGUCAACCAGCUGCUGUCCAAGAUCGACGGGGUGGAGCAGCUGAACAACAUCUUAGUCAUAGGGAUGACCAACAGGCCGGAUCUCAUAGAUGAGGCUCUCCUUCGACCUGGAAGACUGGAAGUGAAGAUGGAGAUCGGCCUGCCAGACGAGAAGGGCCGGCUGCAGAUCCUGCACAUCCACACCGCCCGCAUGCGAGGGCACCAGCUGCUCUCUGCUGACGUGGACAUCAAGGAGCUGGCCAUCGAGACCAAGAACUUCAGUGGUGCCGAGCUGGAGGGCCUGGUGCGGGCAGCACAGUCCACUGCCAUGAACAGGCACAUAAAGGCCAGCACUAAAGUAGAAGUUGACAUGGAGAAAGCAGAGAGCCUGCAGGUGACAAGAGGAGACUUCCUGGCAUCUUUGGAAAACGAUAUCAAACCAGCAUUUGGUACAAACCAAGAGGAUUAUGCAAGUUACAUUAUGAACGGGAUCAUCAAGUGGGGUGACCCGGUCACCCGCGUUCUGGAGGAUGGGGAGCUGUUGGUUCAGCAGACCAAGAACAGUGACCGCACACCCCUGGUCAGCGUCCUUCUGGAAGGCCCUCCGCACAGUGGCAAGACUGCCCUCGCCGCCAAGAUCGCUGAGGAGUCCAACUUCCCCUUCAUCAAGAUCUGCUCUCCUGAUAAGAUGAUCGGCUUCUCCGAGACAGCCAAGUGCCAGGCCAUGAAGAAGAUCUUUGAUGAUGCGUACAAAUCCCAGCUGAGCUGCGUGGUUGUGGAUGACAUCGAAAGACUGCUCGAUUACGUCCCCAUCGGCCCUCGCUUCUCCAACCUGGUGUUGCAGGCUCUCCUUGUGCUGUUGAAGAAGGCGCCUCCGCAGGGCCGCAAGCUUCUCAUCAUUGGGACCACUAGCCGCAAAGAUGUCCUUCAGGAGAUGGAGAUGCUUAAUGCCUUCAGCACCUCCAUCCAUGUGCCCAACAUCGCCACAGGAGAGCAGCUCAUGGAGGCUCUGGAGCUUUUGGGCAACUUCAAGGAUAAGGAGCGCACCACCAUCGCCCAGCAAGUCAAAGGGAAAAAGGUCUGGAUAGGAAUCAAGAAGUUGCUGAUGCUGAUUGAAAUGUCCCUACAGAUGGAUGCGGAAUAUCGUGUGAGAAAAUUCCUGGCCCUUUUACGUUCAGAAGAAGGAACGUAAAGAUCCAGCAAGGACACGGGCUGCACUGGUGGUUUGCUCUCCCUUUCCUGCUUCGCAAAGUUUCCCUGUCGCAAGGCAGAAAAACACUGAAUGUUGUCCCCUGGACUAUGAAAGCGAGUUCUUCUCAGGCACAGACUGACCACGAGACAUGACCAAGGUGACGAGGGACUCGACGCUUCCCUCCACUCCCUCGAGAUACUGGACUCAGUGAAACGUGUCCUGCCUCCACCUGUGCUCGCCCCGCAUGACCUGUGCAAUCCGCCCCCCUCCCCGCUCUCGACCGCGGCCUGGUGGCAGGUUUCUAUUUGCUAUCGAAUUCUGUGCUUACUUCUCCGUGCAAGCUGAAUGAUUCCUUCCUCCUCAGUCCUCAGGCGUGUGUGUGCGUGUGUGUGUGUGUGUGUGUGUGUGUGUACGUGUAGAGGGUCGGGGGCGCAGUCCCUACUGUCUUUGUGAACACUAUCUUUUCCGCUCCCUCCUCCUCCCACCACCCCCAAAACUCUCAAGGAAUCACCUAAUGUAGCAGAACAACACUUGGCCUGUUCGAGGGAACGUUGUGGACCAAGAAUAGCAAGCUUGGCUUCCCCCAGGCUGACCCGAGAGGCAGUGGGGUUUGGGGCUGAAGGGUCCCAGAAAGCUGGUUGUCACUUCCAUCUGACAGAACAGGGCUUGGUGGUCCUGAGCUGCUGAGCUCAGUGGCUUUUGAGGCCGUUCCCAGGUGCAAUCGAGAGAUCUUUCUUCAAGAGAGUCAGAACCGAGUGGCUGUGGCAUCCCUGGCAGAAACCUAAGAACAGACCUAGGUGGAGAAGCGUGUGCCCCUCGGCUAGCAAGAGUGAAAACACCCUCAGCCCCGAGGAACAUCCCUGUCAAGUGGGUCUGCUCCUUUGUAGACUAACUGAGGCUGAAAGGGCCACCCCUUUCCUUCCUCCCCAAAUUUAUUGACUUAGGAUGUGCCCUUCCUUUGCUUUAAGAUGAUCAGCUGUGCUGCCUGGCAUCUAAAGGAGCCACUUUCUGCCCGACUACCCCCACACCUCUGCCCUGAUUGUCAUUCCAGUUCUCAGAACACAUUUCCUUUGCCUGCUGCCUCCCAUCGGCAGGGCCAUCGGGGUGUAGUGUGGGGGAGGGGGGGAGCGGGUUCUCUGAGUCCAGCUGUCCUGUUGGUGUCAGGAGUUUAGUAGCGGGCCACUCUCGCCCCUGUGCUGCUGAAGACCCCAGGUAGAGAGGGCAGGCAGGGUCGCGCGCUGCUUCCCGCUUCGGGCCACUUGCUGCCGUGCCACCAUGGCCGAGGGCCGACUGUCUCCAGAUCAUAACUUUCCGUGUACUUUUUGCAAGACUCAUGCGUCAGAUCUACUUUGGAAUUUCAAGCUUCUUUUGUGGCUUUUUACAUUGUGGACUUGACCAUAUUGCAAAAGGCCCUGGUUCCCAGUGGUCUCGUGUCCCACCCUCACCCCACCCUGAGUCUCUUAUUUGUUUGAGCCCUUACCUGGCUCCUCUCCCCCCAGACAAAGCACACCUUAUACCCACUUCUGUCUCUUGUGAAGUGAGGCUGACGUCUUUGUUGUGUCCAAAACUAUAUUGAGAAAUAAAAAUACUAUAUUGUUUAAUGCAAAUGAAGGAAUGCAAUAAAGAGUACAUAUAAUUGAAAA